AGCUUCAGAGUCCGAGAACACUUGAGCUACAGCAUUUUUAAGAGUUCUCGGAUUCUCUCUAUCGGCUCCUUCUCUCAUCUGCGUCGUAUUUCCCAAUUUUCCCGAGACUCAUUCACCACCAAAUCGCCGCCAUGUUCAGACAAACUUCUCGCCUCCUCUCCCGAUCUAUCGCCGCCGCAUCCUCGAAAUCGGCGACGACUCGUGCCUUUUCAACGGAACUUCCAUCGACGGUCGAUUCGACUUUCAUCGAGUCAUGGAAGAAAGUCGCACCGAACAUUGACCCGCCGCAGACUCCUUCUUCCUACAUGAAGCCUCGUCCUUCGAUUGCGUCGUCGAUCCCAACCAAGCUCACCGUCAAUUUUGUCCUCCCUUACACAUCUGAGCUUGCCGGGAAAGAGGUCGACAUGGUCAUCAUUCCCGCGACAACAGGACAAAUGGGUGUUUUGCCCGGACACGUUCCAACAAUUGCUGAGCUGAAACCCGGUAUGAUGUCCGUUCACGAAGGCACUGAUGUGAAGAAAUACUUCGUGAGCAGUGGUUUCGCAUUCCUCCACGCAAAUUCGGUCGCAGACAUAAUAGCGGUCGAGGCCGUGCCGCUUGAAAACAUUGACCCUAGCCAAGUCCAAAAGGGUUUAGCUGAGUUCACACAGAAACUAGCUUCUGCCACAACAGACCUUGAGAAAGCAGAAGCACAGAUUGGUGUCGAAGUUCACAGUGCUAUGAACGCAGCUCUCUCAGGCUAAAAGAAUGUUCUCUCUCUCUCUCUUCUUCCUUCUUUGUUUCUUCGAAGAAAAAAACUAAAUCAUUUGGCUUUUCAAGUGAUUAGCGAAGGCCCUUUUUACUACAAAGGAUGGAAUAAAUUAGAAAUUGAUUUUUCCUUUUUCAUUGUGUUGGACUUUGUUUUUCAAUAAAUGAUUUUGUUGACGGGCACAAAACAUAAAGAAGUGUCGUGUGUUCAUAUCUCUAUUUGUUGUGUUGAGAAACUAAAGUUUCGAAUCUUUUUAUGGUUUUCAUUUCCUAAUAUUUUAUGUAAGACUUGUGUUAACUCUCU